UGGCACGACAGUGAUUGUAGAGGAUGUGAUUGUAAGCAUUCCAACCUCUCAUUACUGUGAAGAGAACUUAAGGCAUAGUGCCUGCGAUUUCAUUAAAAAUGUUGGACGCAUUAAACGAGCCAGUUACUGUUUUUCUACAAAAUUGAGAGAGUUUUUGGGAGGACAAUACUUCGCAGGAGACGAUAAUUUAAAGUCCAUUUAUACACGAUCAAGCCGUAUCCGUUCCGUAUCCGUUCUGUAUUCGUUCCGUGUCCGGAUGUUUAUGCGUUAAUAUUUACACCGGCGACCAUCCGAGAUGUAUCUCUUUCCAAUUGAAAACUUAUUGUUAGCUAUGAUAGCUAUUACUAAUAGCUAAUAACUUUUGGAUGAAGAAGAGGAAGAAGAAGUAAAGCGACAAAAGAAUAAAAGGCCGAUUCAACGUACAUUCGUUAUAAGAACCGUAAAGAAAAAGGAGAAUUUCAUUUUUACAAACGACUAAUAGAUCACGGACAGAAGUUUUACGAAUCUCUUCAGCGUGACACAGUAUAAGAAUACUGUAUAUAAUUAGGCGGUACGUAGUUUUCGCAUCAAGUGUUCUUCGCUACAAAAGAUAGCGUUGAGAUGGCUGUGGCCAUCCGUGCUGUGUUAGGCAAACAGAAAGAAUAUUGAAGAUUACCAAACUACCAAUUGCAUCCGGGAUACGUCGUGUCUAUUAAUGACCAACGGACACGGCGCGGAUGAUGUAUAAACUUGUGUCCCUUCAAAGUGAAGUAGUGUAAAUUCAACGUUACAUUUAAAAUCUGAGGCACGGCAAGAACAGGGAACGGACACAGCCUGAAAAAGAACGGCGCGGUGUGCAACGAUGGUUAUGCGAACUGUGGAUUCGCAGUGGAAGUAUUGAAAUUGUAUAUGACGAAGGAAUAAUUGUUUCAUACAAUCCAUUCGUAUAAAAGGAAUUACAUAAUAAUGGGAAAAUAUAUUCUAUUACUAUUCUUUUUUUCGUAUAUAUAUCAAUUUGAUGGCGUGCAAAUUGAUUCUCCUCCAGUUGUUCUAUGGCAUGGAAUGGGAGACAGUUGCUGCUUUUCGUUUAGUUUGGGAGGAAUAAAAAAAUUGAUAGAGAAUAAAAUACCUAACAUUUAUGUGUAUUCUAUUCGAUUGGGAAAUAAUGAAAUAGAGGAUGUCGAACAUAGUUACUUUGGAAAUAUUAAUGAGCAAAUACAAGAAGUUUGUCAACAAUUGUCGAAAAAUGAACGUCUUAAAAACGGUUAUAACGCUAUUGGAUUUUCUCAAGGUGCUCAAUUUCUGAGAGCGGUAAUUCAAAGAUGCCCCAAUCCCCCAGUUAAGAAUUUCAUCUCCUUGGGUGGUCAACAUCAAGGCGUUUUUGGAUUGCCAAAUUGUGGAACAUUGAAACCUAAGAUUUGCAACUAUAUAACUCGCAUAAUCAAAUAUGGAGCCUACUUACAAGCAGUUCAAGGAAAAUUUAUUCAAGCAACGUAUUGGCAUGAUCCAUACCAAGAAGAAGAAUAUAAAAAGAAAAGUAUGUUUAUGGCCGACAUCAAUAACGAGCGUUAUAUUAAUGAGACGUACAAAGAGAAUCUUCAGAGAUUACGUACCAUGGUACUAGUUAAAUUUACUAAUGAUACCAUUGUCAAGCCUACAGAAACGGAAAUGUUUGGAUUUUACAAACCAGGACAGGGAUCGUUAAUUCAAACAUUGGAACAAUCUGAUUUAUAUCGUGAGGAUCGUUUAGGUUUGAAAAUGUUACACGAUUCUGGGAGAAUUCAUUUUCUUAAUGUACAUGGGAACCAUUUGCAAUUUACGGAAGACUGGUUUGUAGAUAAUAUAAUAAAAAAAUAUUUGUUAUAAGGAUUAAUAACAUUAAAUAAUGUAUAAAGAAUUAACCUUUUUAAAACAAAUAUUAUAUAUGUGUAUACAUAUGCACAUUUCACUAUCUUUGCUUAAUACAUAUAUCAUUAUUGUAUCUACGUAUUCCCUUCACUAAUGCACAUUCUUCUCCUGUAAUUGAAUGCUAUCGCAAUAAUUCAAAUAUGUAUACUUUUUGUAAAAACUAUACCUAUUCAUCAAUAAAUUUUUGUAUCUAUUAUA